AUGCCUCCAACUACGCCUCGGCUGCGUAUUCUCUCAGUUGGCGGCAACGCAGUCUCGGCGUUCCUCUCAUGGCGUCUCUCGGCAACACAGGCGUGCGACGUGACGCUGGUGUGGAAGAAUGGUUUCGAGAGCGUCCAUCAGUAUGGGAUCUCCUUCAGAUCCGACAAGUUCGGCAAUGAAAGAUUCAAGCCAAGAGCCGUGGUGAGAUCCCCUGAAGAUGCCGCCGGCACCUCGCGCGCCUCGUUCGACUACGUUGUGCUUUGCGUCAAAGCGUUGCCCGAUGUCUACGACCUGGCCUCGGUCAUCGAACCCGUCGUCUCGCCGCAACACACCUGCAUCCUCGUCAACACCACCCACACCCUCGGCAUCGAGUCGUAUUUGGAGCAGCGAUUUCCCACCAACGUCGUAUUGUCGCUAGUGUCAGGAGUUGAGAUCACACAGCUGGGCGCCAGCGAAUUUGAACACAAGGAGUCGACAGAACUCUGGGUCGGAGCGGCCAACAAGAACCCAUCUAUACCCGCAUCAAUACAGACCGACAUGGCCGAGGCGCUGUCGAUGACUCUGAAAUCUGGCCAAGUGGACUGCGAGGUUGCUACCAAUAUCCGACAACAGCAGUUCGAGCGCAUGAUUGGACCCAUCGCAUUUUAUCCCGCCAGCGUACUGUUUGAGACUUCUGUUCAUGCCGAACUCCUGGAAAAGACCGGCGUGCGCUCGCUUAUCACUGGAGUCAUCGAUGAACUUGUUAACCUCGCAAACUCCCAAGGGUGCGAUUUAAAAGCUGGCUUCCGCGAAGAGACGAUGGAGAAGAUGAUUGCGCCCGCCGAGACCAACAGUAUCAUGUAUCAGGACUACAUGGCGAGAAGACCGAUGGAAGUGGAGACGUACCUGGGCUCGCCGAUCAAGCUGGCUCAGGAGAACGGCAUGCAGGUGCCACGCAUCGAAACCCUCUACGCCCUCCUUCACAACAUUAAUAUUGUCAACCAAAACCGUCCCCAGAACCCACCGUCUCCACCGACACAAGCAACACCGCGCAUGUCGUCGGCUCCAGCGCCGCAUGGCCCAGCAUAUCCCAACGGCCGUGGACCCCCUCCUCCUAUAAACGGACACCCAAUGAAUGGCCCUCCAAUGCGAAACGGCAUGCGGCCUGGCAGCAGAGCACCAUCUGCAGCUGGCGGCCCACCACCACCGAUGCGACGAGGCCCACCCUCGAUGAGCGGCUACCCACCUCCUGCCAGAAUGAAUGGAAAUGGAUAUGGGCCACCUCGGGGCCAUCCUCAACAAAUGCAGCGUCGUGGAUCGUUCGAGGGCAACGACUUGGAAGAGUUCAGCCAUUUGAUGCUCUACGACAAUAUGAAUGAGGGCCAGGAGUUCGAUGGUAUACCACCCUCGUCGUCGGGAGACUUUGCAUUCAGGGAGCGGGAGUUGGCUUUGAGACAGAAAGAGCUUGCACUGAGAGAGCGAGAAUACCAUAUGCGUAGAGGCGGUCCCAGAAUGCCUCCACCCAGAGAUGCAUACGACGAGGAGGAGGAAGAUGGCGAAGACUACUUCGAUCCCAUGGCGCCAGGCCACGCACCAGGCGUCGACCCAGACAACAUUGACAUGAUGAGCGUCACAUCUAGGAGAACGAGGAAAGCCCCGAGUGCAGGCCAGCUACGCAACAACCCUGAGUUGAUGGGUCCGCCGGUCCGUCACAGCAAGAACCCAAUGCGGCCACGACCAAGGCAGAACCGCACCAGCGCCGCUCUCAUGGCCGACAUGCCAGGCCUGCGCCAAGAGCUGAUGAACAAUCCACUCAUGGGGUAUUCCUCCGAUCGCUUUGGCACUGUUGACAGAAUGAACAUGGGACAGGAAUCGAGAGCCAACUCGCUCACAGCUGAACGACUCAGCGAGUUGCAGCACGGCGGUCCUCCAGGCGGCUUCCCAAACAAUGGCUAUCCGAUGAACAGGCGAGGCAGUCAGUCUCCCGGCAAUCCACUGGGCCCAGCCGGCCGACCACCACCACAGCGACCGUCGCCGCCAAACGGCUACGGUCCUCCACCACCUGGUCACAACGGGCGACCAAGUCCACCUGGUGUGAGGCAACCUGUUCCUCGGCAUCCACCAGGACACGGCAAUGCUGUCGCACCUCAACAAAUUGAGCAACAAACUGGGGUGAGCAAUCUUUAUCCACCAAAGAGCGGCCCUCCCAAUCAAGUACGCAGUCUGACAGGUUCUGCGAGCGCCAGCGCGGGGAGUGGUGAUAGUAACCGUUCCGCACCCAUCGAUUCCGAGCCCUCCGCCCACAGCUCCAGCAGCAGCUUGGGUCCAAGACCACCCAUUGGUGUGCGGUAA